AUGCCAUUGAAAUAUUUGCAUACAUUGAGCUUCCUCCUCCUCGCUUUCCCCGAGCUUGUCUGCGGAGAUGGUCUGCGUCGUCCCAAGAGCUUUGUCCUGCAAGAUGAAGGAGAGGUCAACUUUGGCGUAGACAAUGGGUUUCGAAACGGAGCACUGUCCAAUUUUGAGAACACCCAGUCGCGCCAACGUGCAAUGCAGGACAGCUCAUUGGAAUACUGCAGACCUCCCAACGGGGAAUUUGACAUCCUCGAUCAGGUUCUCAACACCAACACGAGUGAUGUUAGCCAGUUCCUUGUUGACGGAACCAACGCCAUUCCGGAACUUGCAGAGUUCAUGGAAGCUGUGCGAUCGAAACUAGAUGAUUACGUAUCGGAUAGUACUAUUCUGGAUGUUAUGACAGGUCCUACCAUCAUCAUUUCGAAUAGAACUGAUGUGGACACCCGUCGAGAGCUCCUCGAGUGGUCUGACGAGUGCGAAGAUGCGAUGAUCGUUCUCUUUGUUGAUAUUGUCUUUCUCAUACUCGCAUUUGUUGGGUUACCUCGUUCGGCCGCAACAAGAAUCGUCGCUCAAGCGCUUGUUCGCAAAGCACUUCAAAGAAGUGGCUCUGGUGCUCUCGCUAAUCUGUAUGUUACAGUGAUCGACCUUGGGGAAGUCCUGAACAUCGGGGCAUAUACAAAGAUAAUGACAGAAGGGCUAGCAUUGCUUGCAGCCAAUGUUGGGGUGAAAGAAAUACUUGUCGAUGCCCUUGAAAACUUGACCUUUUGGGGGAGAAUACUUCUGGGUGGAUCAAUUAUCGUGGAACUCGUUGCACUGUUCACUCCAGCGGGGUACUUGAACCUAAUUAAAACAGUCUCUCGGUUGUUUGCAGGCGCUUCUGUAGGCUCUUCCGCCAUCGACGCAAAAAGAAAAUGCCAAGAGAAGCCCUCAAGCACCCCCUCAAUCACACCAAGCCUGGAGCCAAGCUUUUCACCCACCGAAUUUGACCACCAGGCUGAAUUCGAUGCCGCCGCCGCCUGUCUUUUGAACCCGUGCUGCCAGAACGUUUUAAAUUGCGAUCGUGCUGGUGAAUUUGGAGAUCCGAACAUCAGGACCUUUGACAACCUCCGCUACGCAUUUCAAGGAAAGGGCGAGUAUGUGCUCUUUAGCUCUGCUUCGAUCGGUGCUCAAGUGCAAGGUCGCUUUGAAAAAUCAGGAGAGAGAGUGUCCGUUGCCACCGGAUUCGCAGCCACUGCAGGAUCCUUCGGACCAUCUGUGGAGAUAUCGAUCGACCCAACUGACAAUGCCAAGGUUCUCGUCUUGGUGGACAGAUUCAUCGUUGCAGUUUCCGAUAAUCUUUAUGUGGACCAAUACACGGUUGUCACUGUUUCAAAUGAUGUGUAUACAGUCUUCUUUAAGGCCUCCAAGAUGUCGAUUAUUGCGCGCUACAGACGAUCAAGCUUCCGCCACUUUGAUAUUGAAGUUCGUCUUCCACCCUCAUUCCCCCGGACGGAUGUCGUGGGGCUCUAUGGCUCUCCCGAUGGCAAUCCUACCAACGAAUGGGUCGCUGCCAACGGAACGACCUUGCCCAUCGAUCUUAGUGGCGAGGCAAUUUAUGCAUACGGCACCACGGAGUGGUGCAUUCGUCAGGUAUCGCAGUCGUUAUUCUCAUACACCGAAGAAAAUGACUUUGGCUUCUACAGCGGGUGUGAUGACCCGUAUCCUGGAGUAGUCGAUACAAGCACAGCAAGCCAAGAGCUACGCGAACUCUGUGGGGCCGACGAAGCCUGUCUCGUCGAAGGAAUCGAGUUUGGUUUAGAAGCUGCUCAACAACUUCUAGAAACCGAAGUAGAACUGGGAGGUUCAUCCAUCAACACCAGCUUCCGAGCUGCCCCUUCCAACGUCACUGUCGGUAUCGCUGCAAACAUUGCCCUGACAGUCAAUCUUACAGCAUCCUCUGAGGCCGACAUCAGCAACAUUGAGGAAUUUGCAGUCUAUGGGUUCAAUGGUCAAACCUUUGAGCGUAAUUCCACAUUCACUGUGACAUUGCGAGAUGUUGGAUCUGGAGUCGGAGAAGAUACAUUUGCAGGCGACAAAAUUUUCUCCAAUCUGUUGGCUGUGUCCGCGAAUUUCGCAGGUCAGGAAUAUAGCUUUCAGGCAGUGCCUAGAAUUGCAGGGUCCUUGGUCUUUGGUUCCCCAUUUGUAUUCACAGCACUCAAUGCUGUCCAAGGCUAUUCGCAACAAUCUGGAAUUGGGGGCAUCGUCGUAGACACUGAGAAUUUCUGGCAAGUUGGUUCUGUCGAUGGAUUGCAGCUCGUCAUCCAGUACAGCUGGCCACUGGACCAAAGAGACUUGGAUUCUGGUACCUCCUUUCUCAAUCGGAAAGUUGGAUAUGGUUGCGUUGGUGGCGGACAACACAUGUCUUAUAGCGGUGAUAACACCGGCGCUGGCGGUACUGAAACUGCACGCAUCGACCUUGGACAAUCCUUCGAAGAAAAUGAGUGGACUGAUCAAAUCCCCGUGGAGCUCCAUGCUCAUUGGUAUAGUAAUCGCGGAAGCGGCCCGGCAACCGUUACAGUUUUCACUGAAAAGGAGCUCCCUGAUGGCUCCGUUGCAGCUGGUCCUAGAACUUUCUCUUUUCCAAUCAAUCCAACCAGUGCCACUGGUUGUUCUUCGCGUUUGGUGGGCACUGUCAUUGUUUCCACUGAAUCUAAUGAAGAGAUCACAAUCAGAGUUGAUCCUCAAGUGUAA